AUGGAGGAGGCAGACAGGAAUUCCGCGUCUGGUCCAGGCAACAAGACCCUGUACCUGGGCAACUUGCACCCAUUCAUCUCGGAAGCCAUGCUUCACGACGUUUUUGCUGGGUGUCGGGGCGUGCUGGAGCUCAAGAUCAUCAAGGACAAGGCCACCGGCAUCCCGGCAGGCUAUGGCUUUGCCAAGUUUGUAGAUGCCAUUUCUGCUCAGGAGGGCCUGGAUCUGGUGGGCAAGCCCGUCCUCUUUGGCCAGGAGGUCCGCAUCAACUGGGCCUUCCAGAAGGAGCAGCGGGAGGAGCUCGGAAACCACGUACAUGUCUUCGUGGGUGACCUGGCGGCUGACGUCACAGAUGCCAUGCUCGCGGCGGCGUUUGAGGUUUAUCCUGGGUGCAGUGAUGCCAGGGUGAUGUGGGACCAUGCCAGUGGGCGCUCCCGUGGGUAUGGAUUCGUGUCUUUUGCAACCAAGGCUCAGGCCGAGGCCGCCAUCCAGGGCCAGCACGGGCAGACCAUCGGCUCGCGGCGCGUGCGCUGCGGCUGGGCGCAGCACAAGGUGGGGGAGAGCGCGGCGCCGGUGGACGCGGCUGUGCUGGACCGCUCCGACCCCACCAACACCAAUGUGUAUGUGGGCAACCUGGACGUGGCGCUGACCGACUCCGAGAUCCGGCGCCACUUCAGCAGCUUUGGCGCGCUGGCAGAGAUGAAGCUGCAUCGCAAGGGCGCGUAUGGCUUCGUGCGGUUCCGCUCCCACGCCGACGCCGUGCGCGCCAUCGUCGGCUCCAAUGCCCAGCCGCUGGGCAGCAAGGUGCUCAAGUGCUCCUGGGGACGGCACCCCAGCCUACCCCCCUCCGGCCUGCACUCCCACCUGCUGCUGGCCACGGGCGCGGGGCUGAACCCCAUGCUGCCCCUGGCCCUGUCGGCCCCCGCCCCAGGCAUGGUGUCCGGUGGGCUGGGCUCCGGCCUGGUCAACCCCAUGCUGCCGGCGCUGCCGUCGGCUAUGAACCACUCCCUGCUCCCGCCCUACCAGCCCCCCGUGGAUGCUGAGGCUUUUCUGUGGAAGGAUCUUGAACACCUCUUUGACGACCAAGGGAUCGACAGCUCCCGUUAUGAAGAGGCUGUGAACUUUUCAGACCCGAUCUCCAAAUUCUCCUCCCUGCGAGGCUACCUGGCGAACAUUUCCUUCCUGCGAAUCGCGCUGAGUCCCAAGUUCCACUUGCACGACAUCAGGAGGACUGGACCCCUUGAGCUUACCACCCGAUGGACGAUGGACAUGGAGUUGUCUUUCAAUCGGUUCAAUCCCCUCAAGCCCUGGUACGACCCAAAGCCGGUCUUCACGGGCACCUCCAUCAUGACAGUGAACCCCGACACCGGGAAAUUCGUUUCCCACAUCGAUACCUGGGACGCGGUGAGCAACCAGUCCUACCUCUCGCUCGAGGCCGUGCGGCACCUCGCCAGCCAGGUGCUGACGCUGCGCCAGACCCCCCAGGAUCUGACUACGCCCAGCUACCUGGUCCUGAAGAAGAUGCCGCGGUACGAGAUUCGACAGUACGAGGGCUUUACGGGGCUUGAGACACGGGCAGGCGAGGCCCAGGGCCAGGCCUUCCAGAAGCUGGCGGGGUACCUGGGCGGGAAGAACAGCCGGGGCAGGAAGCUGGCCAUGACCACACCCGUGCUCACGGAUGAUAAGGGCGGCAUGCAAUUCGUUGUGGGCGCAGACGAGGCUGGCGAGGAUGGGAGGGACCUGCCGCAGGCAUCGGACGAGUCCAUUCGCGUGACGGGCAGCCCUCCCCAGAUCCAGGGUGUGGCCACCUUUUCCGGCGCGGCCAACCAGACUCUGGCGGCGGCCAAGGCUGCCGAACUGAGGAAUAUCCUGCGAGAAGACGGCCAUACUCCGGCUGACGCGACCUCGUGGCAGCUCGCGCAGUACAACUCCCCUCUCGUGCCGGGGUUCCUGCGCAGGAAUGAGGUGCUGAUAUCCCUGAGCGACUACAAACUCUGGUAG